AUGAGCCCAAAAGUGGUGGCAAAUGAGUUGACUCUUAUCGUCAAAGAAUUGUUUUUAUCACUAAAUGGCACUGAAAUCAUAACACUAUUAAUUCGACCAAAUUCUAUAAGCCCUGGCACUUGUUCCAAUAUCGCUGCGCUAUUGGGCUUUCAAAAGCGGAUGAUUCAACUGAUAUCAAGUUAUUUACUGAAACUAAUUGACCCUCAAAUAUGUGCCAAAAGAAUCGCUUACUUUAUUGAGGUGGCAAAAGAACUGAAAGCUCUACAGAAUUGGCAUUCAGUCUGCUCUAUAAUAUUAAGUCUUCAAAGUCCUCCCAUCGCAAGACUACGCGAGUGCUGGCAAAUCAUAUCAAAUGACUUUUCAGACAAUUACUGCGAAUACAUUGAAAUGUCGGAACAGCUCAAGACAGACGCCGACCCUCUGACCUAUACUUCCCCUUCAAUCCCAUUAUUCAGUGAUUUAAUGGAUUACUUGAAGGAAAGAUGUGGUGCGAAGUACUUUGAGAUUAAAAGUCAUCGCUUACGGAGUCAUUGGUCUAAAAGGGAGACAAUUGCCGUAUGGGUUGACCAACAGAUUGACGACUUGAUAGGUGUGGCCAAAGAUAAGAAGAAAGUACAGAAAAGAGUGGAAUAUAUUCGUAAAACUUCAUUAGAAGGGCAAAGAAAAGGGAUUUUCAAGAAAUUAUUGACCAAAAGAAGUGGCAGUAAUAAAGAAUAUUCCGAUUCCAUGAGUAACGACACCGACAGCCGGAACAGUUCCAUCACAUCCCUAAACAGCGAAAAGUUGAGAUUAAAACUGAUGUCCGAAAAGAGUGCGAAGCCUUCGUGUAAAAACAUUUGGUCCGUCGCCGACAUUCAGAGAUUACGCGAAUUCGAUGAAAAGGAGAUUCUGGAGGAGAUUGUCAGAGGACUG